AUGGCGGCAAAAAUAUUUAUGGAUAUGCCAGGAGGGCUGAAAAUGCCUGCUAUAGGACUCGGUACUUGGCAGUCUAGUGAUGCAGAGAUAGAAAACGUGCUCGACACAGCACUAGAGUCGGGUUACCGCCACAUUGAUACGGCUUUUUCUUACGAAAACGAAGCCACUAUAGGUCGCAUACUCAAGAAUUGGUUUUCCUGUGGAAAACUAAAGAGAGAAGAAGUCUUCAUAACCACCAAACUUCCAAUGCCAGGAGUACAUCAAGACAGGGUGGAGAUGUUUAUGAAGAAGUCGCUGGAAAAUCUGCAGCUGGAGUAUGUCGAUUUGUAUUUGAUACACUUUCCAAUCGGGACCAAAUACGUUGAAGGUCAAGCUCUUCCAACACCAGAUAAAACUCAAACUGAGCCAACCGAUCACGUAGCUAUUUGGAAGAAAAUGGAAGAGCAAGUUGACGCUGGUAGAACCAAGACGAUUGGGGUGUCAAACUUCAAUCUCAAGCAGGUCGAUCGGAUACUAAAGUCUGCUAGAAUCAAACCAGCAUGUUUGCAGGUCGAAUUGCACAUUUACUUGCAACAAAGACAGUUAGUGACAUUUUGUCACCAGAAUAGCAUCGUUGUAGUUGCAUAUUCGCCCUUGGGUUCGCCUGCAUUCAACAAGUUUUUAGCACUGUUUGGAUUGCCGCCAAAGAAGCUACCGGAUAUGCUCCAUGACGAGACCAUCAAAGGAAUGGCUACCAAAUACAAGAAAACCAACGCGCAAAUUAUGCUCAGAUACCUUUUGCAGAGAAAAAUUGCAGCUAUACCAAAAAGUGUUACUGCAGCUAGAAUCAAAGAGAAUAUUGAAAUUUUUGACUUUAAUAUAUGCGCUGCGGAUAUGAAAAUUCUUGACGAUCUUGAAGUUGGAGAGAAGGCUCGUAUAUGCGACUUCAAAUUAUUUUCAGGAAUUCUUGAACAUCCAGAAUACCCUUUUCCCAAGUGA